AUGUGUUUUUUAGUGUCUACGAGUCUCCCUGAAGCGGCAUUAUUGCGUAUUGAAUCAAUAAUCAUUGCUACCAAUUCAAACUUAGCCUUGCUGAUCGACGGGGACAAUGUUUCUCCAAGGAUAAUCGUUGGCCUGAUGGCAGAGAUCGCGAAUAUCGGGACAGCUAGCGUGCGACGCAUCUACGGCGACUGGACGAGCCCUCAUUUGAAGGGCUGGAAAGAGUGCCUACUAAAUCACUCCAUAACACCAAUGCAGCAGUUCGCGUAUACCACAGGCAAGAACGCAACCGACGGCGCUAUGAUUAUCGACGCAAUGGACCUUCUCUACACUGGCCGGUUCUCCGGUUUCUGCAUUGUAUCCAGCGACAGUGACUUCACGCGCCUUGCAGCGCGCAUCCGUGAGCAGGGCGUGACCGUGUACGGCUUCGGAAAGCGCACGACCAAUAACGCCUUCAUCAACGCCUGCGAUAAGUUCACGUACUUCGAUGUCCUCAACUGCCCUCCAGAUGAGCCAUCAUACAGUGGACCACAAUCUUCCCGGCCUCCACCCGUUAUGAUACAGAUGAAAUCGCCAACCAAGCGCCCGCUCGAUGAAUCAGGCCACACGGGCCUGGUUAUGGCGAUCAAGAGCGUUAGUGACAGUGACAACUGGGCGAACCUAGCAGAUGUUGGCAACUAUCUGAAGAAGCUAUCACCUGAUUUCGAUGCAUGUAAUUAUGGGUAUGAGAAGCUCAGGGAGCUCGUCGAAGCAUCAGGAAUUGCAGAUGUUAAGCGGAGGGAUAUGGGUAGCAAGCCUCCAGUGUUCCUAGUCCACCUUAGGGAGUCUACCCUGAAGCAAUGA